GUUUUCUGGGCACAGGGGACGGGCAAAAGCAAACGCCUGGGUACCGCCUGUUCUCCCGCCUUCAUUUCCCAUCGUGCUGAGGCGGGUGGCAUGGCGGAGAAGGAUGACACCGGAUUUUGACGAAGAGGUGGUUUUUGAGAAUUCUCCACUUUACCAGUACUUACAGGAUCUGGGACACACAGACUUUGAAAUAUGUUCUUCUCUGUCACCAAAACCAGAGAAAUGCACAGUGACAGAGGGACAACAGCCUCCCGCAAGAGCCCUGCCAAAGUACCUUGGAUAUAGUAGUCACUCAGUGAAUGCAAACUCCAUUUACUGGCCUGCUCAGGAAAUGGGCUAUUAAGCAAGGCAUCCUGUUAAAAGUGGCUGAGACCAUCAAAAGUUGGAUUUUGUCUCAGUGCAAUAAGAAUGAUGACUUACUUCACAAAUUGGAUACUGGAUUCCGACUCGACUCACUACAUACCAUCCUGCAACAGGAAGUCCUGUUACAAGAGGAUGUGGAGCUGAUUGAGCUGCUUGAUCCCGGUAUCCUGUGUGCAGGGCAGCCUCAACAACAGGAAAAUGGACACCUUCCAACACUUUGCUCCCUGGCAACCCCUAAUAUUUGGGAUAUCUCAAUGCUAUUUGCCUUCAUUAGUUUGCUCGUUGUGCUUCCCACUUGGUGGAUUGUAUCUUCCUGGCUGGUAUGGGGAGUAAUUCUGUUUGUUUAUCUGAUCAUAAGAGUUUUGAGAUUAUGGAGGACAGCCAAACUACAAGUAACACUAAAAAAAUACAGUGUCCGUUUGGGAGAUAUAGCAACAAAUAGCCGAGCUUUUACUAAUCUCGUGAGAAAAGCUUUACGUCUCAUUCAAGAAACUGAAGUCAUUUCCAGAGGAUUUACACUUUUGCUUGACAGGGUCAGUGCUGCUUGCCCAUUUAAUAAAGCUGGACAGCAUCCCAGUCAGCAUCUCAUCGGUCUUCGGAAAGCUGUCUACAGAACUGUAAGAGUCAACUUUCAAGCAGCAAGGCUAGCUACCCUAUAUAUGCUGAAAAACUACCCCCUGAACUCUGAGAGUGACAAUGUAACCAACUACAUCUGUGUGGUGCCUUUUAAGGAGCUGGGCCUUGGACUUAGUGAAGAGCAGAUUUCAGAAGAGGAAGCACAUAACCUUACAGAUGGCUUCAGCCUGCCUGCAUUGAAGGUUUUAUUCCAACUCUGGGUGGCACAGAGUUCAGAGUUCUUCAGACGGUUAGCCCUAUUACUUUCUACGGCUAAUUCACCUCCUGGGCCCUUACUUACUCCAGCACUUUUGCCUCAUCGUAUUUUAUCUGAUGUGACUCAAGGUCUACCUCAUGCUCAUUCUGCCUGCUUGGAAGAGCUUAAGCGCAGCUAUGAGUUCUAUCGGUACUUUGAAACUCAGCACCAGUCAGGACCCCAGCGUUUAUCCAAAACUCAACAGAAGUCAAGAGAACUGAAUAAUGUUCACACAGCAGUACGCAGCCUGCAGCUCCAUCUGAAAGCAUUACUGAAUGAGGUAAUAAUUCUUGAAGAUGAACUUGAAAAGCUUGUCUGUACUAAGGAAACACAGGAACUAGUAUUAGAAGCUUAUCAAAUCUUAGAACAGAAGUUAAAGUUGAUUCAGCCCCAUGUUCAAGCAAGCAACAAUUGCUGGGAAGAGGCCAUUUCUCAAGUGGACAAAUUGCUACGAGGAAAUACAGAUAAAAAAGGCAAACCUGAAAUGGCAUGUGAAAACCAACACUGUACUGUGGUACCUUUGAUGCAGCCUACUCUACACAUUGCAGAUAAAGAUCCAAUCCCUGAGGAGCAGGAAUUAGAAGCUUAUGUAGAUGAUAUAGAUAUGGACAGUGAUUUCAGAAAGGAUGAUUUUUAUUACUUGUCUCAAGAAGACAGAGAGAGACAGAAGCGUGAGCAUGAAGAAUCCAAGAGGGUACUCCAAGAACUAAAAUCUGUGCUGGGAUUUAAAGCAUCAGAGGCAGAAAGGCAGAAGUGGAAGCAACUUCUAUUUAGUGAUCACGCUGUGUUGAAAUCCUUGUCUCCUGUAGACCCAGUGGAACCCAUAAGUAAUUCAGAACCAUCAGUGGAUUCAGAUAUGGGGAAAGUUGGUAAAAAUGAUGCUGAAGAGGAAAAUAGUAAACCCUCCACAACUGACAAUGAAAUAAGUAGUAGGACUGAGUAUCUAUGUGAAAACCCUCUAGAAGGUAAAAAUAAAGACAGUUCUACAAAUGAAGUCUUCCUCCAAGGAGCUGAAGAAAGAAUGUAUUACCAAUUUGAGGGCGAAGAUGAAUCUCAGCAGGCAGAUGUAGGUGGCCUGGCCCCUGCCCACCCAACCCCCAGGGACUCAUCACAGCCCUCCAUCAAGCAGAGGCUGGCACAGCUACACCUGUCGCCGGAUUUUACCUUCACUGCUGGCCUUGCUGCAGAAGUGGCUGCUAGAUCCCUCUCCUUUACCACCAUGCAGGAACAGACUUUUGGUGAUGAGGAGGAAGAACAAAUAAUGCAAGGAAAUAAAAAUGAGAUAGAAGAAAAGUAAGAACCAAGAUUUACAUGAAGGAUUUUAAAUUAUUCUUUUUAUGAAAGUAUUUUAGCUUCAAGACUAGAUAUUCCACUGGAAAGGGAAAAUGAGUGUAAGUUUAGUAUAUGUAAAGUUAAGAUGUGAAUUUACAGGAAGAACCCAGGUUUGAACAUCUGAUCCAAAAAUAGCAGUUACCUAUAAAUGGCAGAUCUUUUAGGAAGAUAGGAGAAAGGUGAGGGCUCUUUUGAAUAAACUGCUGUUUUAUUUGCAGCACAACUGAUCAUUCUGGAAAUUCUUUAAGUACCUUUAAUAACAAAUGAAUUUAUCAUUUCUUGCCAGAAUUUGCUAUCAUAAAAUGACUGGGAUAAUUCUGUUGCAAGAACAUUAACAUUUAGUAAGACUCCUUUUUACUGUAUUCUCGCAGUUAAUAACUGCAGCUAUUACAUUAAUAACAAGUUGUUUGUAUUUCAUUUUUGUUUAUACCAGUCUUAACACAGAGAUACACAUUCUGAAUAAAAAAACGAAUUGAAUUCAUGCAAUUGAUGUGUACUGGGGUUUGGAACUAAAAAGUAGUUUCAAAAGUACUUGAGUUAUAACAUCUUAUGUUUUCUUGUUCCUAUGUAUAUUCAGUAGUUAAUUUUAAGAUUUCCUCAUGAUCUCUAAAAAAAGAAAUGCUGUACCUUUUAAGGAAUUACCCUUUCAAUUUUUUGUAUUUAUCUUUUUCUAUUCUUGUUGCAACUAAAAGAGAUGAUGUCAGAGUGGGAUCCCUUUAGUCCAAGGCCUCACCUCCAACUUUGCAGAGAAUUCCUUUUAUCAGUUUGUAUAGAGAUUAUGGGUGCCAUUAACACAAGCAAGUCACUGAUGCUGCUGAUUUCUAGCCUGAGGAUGUACCCCCUCUCCACCUUAAUAAGAUUCUGGCAAAUUCCUGUUGGCCUCCUGGAAAGCAUCCUUGUCUCCUUAAUACUUUAUUUACAGACUACCUCUUUAAAGGGGUUGCUUUCCAAAAUGUUCAGUCUCCUCUGUUUUGUGUUGUGAUAAUAUUUUCAAAGAGUGAUAUUUUCAGGAGUAUAUUGUUUUUUUAAAACCUGUAGCUCCUAUGCACUGACAUAGUUUAUAGACAUUAUUUAGGGAAAAUGUAGGAAAAACUCAAUUUAUGCUGCUGUCUGACAAAGGAAAUUACAUGAUGAAUCUAGUAUGUCUUUGGUGUUAAGAAACAUAUUGGAAUUCCUGUAACUUAGCACUUCAAGUGAGUAAAUUUUUGUAUUCCAUAGGGGAUUUUGUUUUUUAAUAAUCUAAGGAAAUUUAUUUUUUGUCCUGAGGAAAAACUUGGUUCCGCUUUAUAUGAAUAGUGGAGAUCCUUGUGCUACAAGUGAUUCUGCCGGUUGCCAGAAAUUCUGGGACUUACCCAUAAUGAAGCUCUUAGGAGCAAUAUCUUAGGGUGGGCCUAGUUUACCACUGAGAAAUAGUUAGCUAAAUUUCAAGAAAGAAAUCUUGUGUUGUACCUGACUAUUAGAUUCUUAAAUAAUAAUGCUUAGAGUAUACUUUUGUUUUAAAUUGCUUAGUUUACCAACUCCUUUUUUCUUUUAAUUUAGAAGAAUUAUGGAAAAACUUGGUAAUUGUCCUCUUAAUCUAUAACUUUACACAAGAAGAAUUAUUAGAGUUUAGUCAUUCUGAUCUUUUUUAUAUUAUUUUUAUCACACCAGUUUGGGGAAAUACCUUCAUAAUAUUAUAUCAGUUUUAUUCAAUGCUCUCUAGGGUGAUAACUUUUUAAUUUUGAAAGACUAAUUUUAAUCAAUUUCUAUUUUUCCAGUUUGAUCUGCUUUUUUUGAGGAGGGGUUAUUAGGUUUAUUUAUUUAUUUAUUUUUAGUAACAGAAAAAAUUGAAUUGAACCCAGGACCUUGUGCAUGCUAGUAAGCAUGCACUGUACCACUUGAGCUUUACCUUCCCCUGUCUGAUCUGUUUCAUUCUCUAGUUAUUACUUAGCUUUAUAGAAAUUCUACUUACUCUAAAUCAUGAUAUAAGGAGGUUGGAACUUUAAUUGAAUGUUCUGUUUUAAAUGUAGUUUUUAUAAUUUGUCAUCUUUUAAAAUAUUUCCAUGAUAAAAUAUUAUCUUCCAUGUGAAAAUUCCUAAUUUUCUUUUAUAAUAAUCUAAAAGUCAGUGUUUCUCUGUCUGCCCCCUCCACGGGGCCACCUACAUUAGAAUAAUUUGGAGAUAAUAUUUUUAAAAUACAGAUUUGUGGCCAUACUCCCAAUCAUUCUUAGUUGUUCAUUUUGGGAAAAGACCUAAGUGAUGUUUAUGCCUGGUAAAAUCUAAGAACCUCUGUCCAGGACUUUAUUCUUGCCAUGAAUACUUUUGGAAAUAAAACAAGUAAAUCAAUGUAAUAUAAAUAGGUAUUCUUGUUACUUUUCUGAGAAUAUUUUACUUUUGUCUUAUCAGGCUUUUGACUAAUUUUAAUAGCUGCCACCCUACAUCCAAAAGAAGCCCUCUAGCAAAAAUAUUUUAUGGGGAAAACUUGUAAUUGUGCUUUCAAAUUUUACGAGAGUAUUUUGACAGUAUAAUUCCUAUUAAGAGUAAUAUCCUGACAGCUUUUAAUAUGAACAUUUCCAUAGUUUAUUUUAAACCUAGUAUACUUAAUGGAAGAAUGCAUGGAAGGGGCUAUUUAUUUAGGUCACUCUUAAAGACAGAAUUUUUGCCCUUUGCCUACAUUUGGAAAAUCAUGGCACUAAAUGAUCUGGUUACAGUUAUAUCUAUUUUAAAUCCUUUUUUUUUUCCAGCUCUCAUUAAAAUUCUACAUAUCUUGUCUAUCUAGGGUAAGACUCCUGUUGGUUUUUAAUUUGCACUUGGCUGCUUGUUUUCACAAGUUGUCUGUAUUAUCUGACUUCGUAAGUUAAAUCCUUAUUAAAGCUAAUUGUACUUACAGCAUCUGAAUAUAUCUCACUAGGAACUCUAAUGCAUUGACUCAAGUUGGAUUUCGGAAGUUACUGGAGACAAGCAGGUUGGGAAAAACAAGUUUAAAGCAAAUUACUAAGGAAUUUUAAGACUUUAAGGGUUUAAUACAGAAGAAUAGACCUGAGUUUAAAUCCCAGACCUGUCAUUUAAAAGCUGUGCGUAUAGUUGAUGUAAUAAUGUCACAGGGUUCCCAGCAAAAACCAAAUUCUCUGAAUUGCUAAAUGAUAUUUGUGAUUUCUGACUUCUCAGAAAUAGUUAAAAAGGAAAUAAAACUUUUGAGGCUGAAAAACAAGAUCUGGUUAUGUUAGUAACCAGUUAGUAAAUAUGUUAGUAAAAUAGGUCAAAAAUUUAAAACUCAUUUUCUUGAAAAAUAAAAAGUAAUAUUCUGAUUUACAUAAUAAAAGUGGUAAAGCUUUUAAUGUUAAAGCAUAAAAAGAAUCAAGUUCUGAUACAUUUCACAAAAUGAUAAGUCAAUGGAAUUAAUCAGAAGGAACCCUAGAGGUCAUUUCACGCUGGUGACUGACUUUUACACACCAUCAGUAAUGUAAAAUACAAUAUAUUUUGAUAAGUUACUAGGAUUUCCUUUAAAUCAUAUAGGAAGAAGAGCUCAACUGAUUUGGUUUAAUCAUAGUAUAUUGUUUCUAUAUCCAAACAAAACAAGAACCAUAAGACUGUGGUAUAGCUUAGCCAACUAGUUAUUUGAACUGAAGUAGACAUGCCAUUCAUUCAUGACAACCAGACAAAGCAUAAAGACUGAUUUAUUCUUCCAGUUCUAUUUAUAAGAACAUAUCUAUGUAAUUGACACUUAGAAUUAGAAAAUCAAGCUACAAAUAUCUUAAAAGAGAAAAUAUGGGGAAAAAAAUGCCCUAAGUACAGUAACAAUUCACUUAUGUCAUCAUUGACAGGUGACUAACUUGCAUUAGUUAAUUUUUCUGUUAACUGAGGUAAAUCCAUUUAAUCAUUAAUUUCUGCAACAGUUUAGUAGGAGCUUUUCUAAAGUGUACUUUCUAUUUCUCCACUUUCUCUUCGUCAUCUUUAUGAACAUCAGAUCCUAUCAUGGGAACUACUAAGAUAUACAAUGCCCUUUUACUGCCUGACCCUGCAUUGCUAUGCUUUUUGAGUUGUGUCUGUUUUUCAGUUUUUCUAUCUUCCCUUGUAAUCAGCUGUCACUGUUUGCUGCUGUCUUGUGUGCCUGCCUCCUGCACUAGGCUCCUAAUUUGCUGCUUCUAAUCUGCUGUGGACUGAGAAACCAGAUUGCCAAGCUUGCUAGAAUUGUGUCUAAAAUAAGAGUAAGUAGACUGAACGAAGGCUAAGGGGCUUUUCUGUCAGUAAAAUGCAUGGACUUUGUGGUACUUGUUGGGCUGCUUAGCAUACUUUUGUUUGCCUCUUAGUUCUUUACUGAGAAUUCCUAAAAAUACUUGGUUAAAUAUGUGAUUGCCAUAUACUUAAAAGUAUUAAUUCAAGUUUUAUAUGUUGAUGUUUCUAGGACUCUCCAUUAAUGAAUUGAGCUAUAAAAGAAAAUUGAAAAUUUGACUAUCAUCUUUGUAUAAAUCAUUCUGUAUAUUUUAGGAAAAUGUUAAAUAUUUUGUUCUUGUUAAAUGUUCUAGUAUAGUACACAGACUUAAAACUUAGAGUACUAUAAAUGGACUUCAACUAUGUAUACCAAGUUUUAUAUUCUAGAACUAAAUAUGCUUGGCCAACUUAAUAAGAACUGGCUAACUGAAUAUUUGGGGAAUGAGUCAUUCUAGAUAUCCCAGUUUUCUACAGUGCUUAAACCUAAGCAUUAAAAAUUUUUGAAAUAAAUUCUGAAGGAAAUCUUUUUAAAACUUAAUAUGUAUUGCUGUCUUCUUAAAUGAUAUAUGAGGUACAUUAAAAAUUUUUUAUGUCAAAAUGAUCAUCAUUAACAAUGGUUUUGCUUUGGUAGGCAAAUGAGGCACUGAGAGCUACAUGCCCCUUUACUAAAUAGCUCCAUUGUUUUGUGUCUUUCUUUUCUAAUAGUUUUGAUUCCUCUGAUUUAUAGUACCGCUUGCUUAAAUGUGCCUGUAGCAAUCGCCUUUCUCCACCCUCAUAAUGCUUCUUCUAGUCUGCUUCGGUUUUGGAAAGCAGGUGACUAAGACAGCUAGCAUAAUGUAUAAAGUAGGAGUAAACUGACUCAGUGAAGACCUGAAAAACUAGAUUAUAUUUAAGUGCAUGGAUUUUUGUGACAUCUAUUACUCACUACCUCAGUGAAGUUACUAGAUUAGAUCUGUUCUCAGAAUAGAAGAGCUGUUAGUGUACAAAAGGAACCAUCUUGUUUCCGUACUUAACCUUCUCUAUAUUUCUAUUCUCUAAUUUUUCGGUUUUGAUUGGAACCAGUCUACUCCAAUUAGCAUUUUCUGUAGUACUUUCUAUUUAAAUUGGAUACCACAUGCUGCUAAGAAUUUCUUUGUCUGGGUUGGUUUUUUUAUGUUGGUUUUGUUUUGAGAAAUGUGUCUUCAUUACCAAAACAUGAAAUAGGUUGAGCCUUGGAAAAUAAGGAAAAUUUCAUUAUUGAUACCAUAGAGAACUGAGAAGUAAGAAGGUUUUUAGACUCUAGACAAUUACACACAAUGAAUUUAUUCUUUAAUUAUGCAUGUUUUUAAGACAGUGUCUUUAUUCAAUUAAAUGUAUGUUAAAAGUUUGCCGGAAGUUACAGUGUUGGACCUAAUGAUAUUGAUAGAUAUUUGAAUGACUAAAUUCCCACUGUCAUUCUAUAUUUUGCAUGUUUAAAUUAUAAUUUAAUAUGUUAAUUAAUCAGGCAUGAUAAUUUUUCUCUCUCGAGUGAAAAAUAAACGUUAAAUUUGCAUGUUACAAUGUUUGCAAGUAAAAUUCAAAUCUGUCUAGAAAGAGAGAUCUGUCUGGAAUUAGCACUAAACAACUUAGUUUUACCAGCAGGCUGACUGUUUUAGUAACUGUAUGUUGUUGACUCAUCCUGCCAUCACAUACAGGGUAAUCAGAAAAUUAGUCUAUUUAUUUUAUGGCUGUACUUCAUAGUUAGCUUUCAGGCAUUCAUGCCACUGGAAGGAAAUUAUGAUACAAUAUUCAUUAAAAAAUAGAUGAUCCAACCUAGUUUCUUGAGUUGAGACUGCCAUUACAGAAUAGGCAUGAAGCUACACUUGGGUUGGUGGUACAAGGAGAAAAAUUAUCUUUGAGUACAGUUGUGAGAGGAAAGUGAUCUACUUACUGUAAUUGCUGUAAACCAAAAAAAGGAUGAACUGAUUUCAUAAUUGACAUAUACAUAAGUUUAAUAUGAAUGAGGAGUUAAUUUUAUGGAUAUCCUAAAAUGUGUGAUAAGUUUAAAUACGUGUGGUAUUUUUUUUAAUGCAAUAGAAAUUUAAAUGUAUUUUAACCUGUCAGCAAUUAAUUUAGCUUGUUUAUCCCUAUUUACUGAAUUUCGUUUGGCACAUAUCGAACAUGUUAUUGCAAAAGGACAGUAUUUAAGUUGUGUAUACUUUUGAAUAUAGUCUUUUAAAAAAUGCAUAUAUUCUAUGAGAGAUUGUUGUAGAAAUAUAUUUUUCCUCUCUUCUAUAAGAGUUUCUCAAAUAAGAGAUAAUUUUACUAUUUUGGACUUGACAUUUUUCACUUUUGUAGCAUUUCCUGAAAGUCAGCUACCUUCAAACAAGUUUAUUUUACCAUUGAACAUAUUCUUUUAAACUAACACAUGUCUUUUACAAGUUUAUUCUUUUAUAAUAUUCUAAGGAAUUAUAUAUUCUUUUUCCCCUCAAGUAAAUCCUUAAAUUAGCUUCAUUUCUAAAUUAAGUAUUUUCUGUACUUUAAUUUCACCAACCUGUACCUUCUGUUCAUACUAUGACUUAAAGAAUGCUUACUCAGGCACAGUGCUUACAUCUGGCAAAGUACAAAAUGUUACUCUCGUCCCUUAAAGACUGGCUUAUGGUCCUGGUACAGCCCUGGAGGUCCAUAUGAGGGAAAAGUCCAGAAGUCCACCUGAGCUGAAAGUGGUUCCAAGGAGUUUGGUUUUGUUUGGGUUUGUUCUAGGUAUGGUCCCAGGGAUCCCAGAUCAAACCAGGCCCCUGGGCCUAUCCUAGAACCAACCUAAACUCGCGCAUCAUUCCUGGAACAUCAAGAGUAUGAAGACUGAAGAUAACCUGAGGCUGAUGAGACAUCCUGCGUUCACCAAGACUCACUUUUUUUGGUAUGUGUCACUACAUUUUCACAAGAAUUGGUUGCUUAAUCCUAUUAAAAUAGAAGGCCGACAGUGAAUAACAAGAUAAAGUCUAAUUGGACUUUGACAUUAUAGUAAUUUAUCACAAUAGAAAUAUGGUAUGUAGUACAGUUAUUAAUUGCCAAUGAGAAUUGUUCUUAUAACUUUAAUUAUCAGAUCUCUAUUUUUUAGGUUAAACAACUUAGCCACCAAAACAAAUUCUAUCCCAAAUUAAUUAUUUCUAUUUUUAUUUUUCUCAAAGACUCUCCUCAACAGUUUUAUUUUCAGUCUUAUUUAACUUUUCAUAGUUUCUGAAAGGUAUUAGUCUUUGCCUUUUGGCUGCAAUGCUACGUGAUUUUAAACUCGUUUCUGGAAAUGAAUGCCUUUUUCUUUUAAUCUGUGACUGAAUCCACCACAUUGCUUUCAGCUUGCUUUUUGAGGUUCAGAUCUGGGAAGACCCUUUGCAUUAUUUGUACUCACUGUCCCUUGUAAGCCUCACUGUAGGCUACGUUUUAGAAUCUGUUAUGGUUGAUGAGAACAAGCUAGGAUGAUAGAGUGGAAAUAGAUGGAUACCUCACAUUUUACAACAGUGUUUUGCACAGUAAGGCUUUUAGCAAGUUUCUUUAUUUUUGUUCUCUACUGCUCUGGAUUUUUUAAAUAUUCUGAUCUAGUUGAUUCAUGACAUGGUCUCACAUCAUAACUGUGACAUUGUUAUAGUCACAUACAUGUUUCUGUUUAAUUUGGAGGGCAAGAUUUCUGAAAAGGCAUUGAAAAGACCCCAAAUCCAGUAACACGAUGAAAAUGUAUACUUUUGGUAAUACUGGCAUUUCAAUAGAUUUAGACCAUGUUUGAAAUAACUGCAGAUUAAUCAAGGACUAUACAUGUGAAAGGAGCCCCAAACUGCUGUUCCUCCAAGCCUUGUCACACCAGAAAAACUGGUGUUAUCAAUGGGGUAUCCUUUAAAAUAGGAAUGUGAGCCUACUGAGGGUCAUUCUGAAGAACCCAACCCUGGGGUUAGUUCUGUGCUACAUUCAUUACAUAGAUGCUUCAGCCCAUGGAUUCUUUUAUUUUUGCCUUUUAAAUUUUACUAUGUUUAUCCUUCUCUCUCAGUGUUUUCCUAUUUGCAUAAAUCAAAACACUGUACAUGUUACUAUGUGUGUUUUAUAUUGUUUUUUAAUAAAAUAGUGGACUUUGGAUAUAAUGAUUUUGGAUUUUGGUUCCUUUUAAAGCCAAAUGAUUCAAAUGCUUUUAUUGUCUUAUAAAUUCACUCUUAAUUUACGCCUCAAUUCUUCUCAUUUUUCCCUAAUGAACAAUAAAGAAUUUAAUUAUAUUCAGUUUCUUCCAGAAUUUAUGAAAUUUUGUGUUCACCCAAACAUGAAAAACCUAUCAUCAGUAAUCUUGUAUAAGUACUAAUCUGUGAACACAGUUAACUAUUUCUUGGCACAGCCUGAAAUGCAUGAGCCCAGUUUACAUUUAUGUACAAUAAGUACUCUCAUACCGGGGGGGGGGGGGGCUUUGUACUCUCUUUCCACAUUGUUAUAUAUGAACACUGAAAACAGAAAUUGCUGUACUGUGCUCCAGAGUUCAGGCUUCUUUACAUAUAAGUUUCUAAAGUCUGCCUUUACCUUAGAUGCUUUUAGAGUGUAAGCUAUAAAAAAUAUCAUUUGAGAGUAUUCUUUCAAAGGUGUUUUAAUUUUUACUUUUUAACUACUUAUGUUUUAUGUAGUAAAACUGUACCUUUCCAAACCUACCUGAAGACUUAAGAGUACAACCUUUUUUAACACAGUACUUUCUUUGAUAACUCUAUGUAUUUUACCAUAUUGAAUUUUUGUCAACUGUUUUAAAGGAUUUUACAAAAACCCAACAGUAGGUUUUUAUGUGUCUGUAUUAUUAUUGUUCCUUCUAAGCUUAAGAAGUAUCCAAUAAAAAUCAGUAGUUUAUAUUUCA